GAGACCGAACCAGACGCGCAGGAGGGGCCUCCACCUCUGUGCCGACCGGAGGGAAGCUCUUGCCAGCAGAGGUCACUGACGCGCCGGCUUGGGGUUCGGCAGCCGCCGAGGCCGCAGGACUCAAUGUAACUGAGACAUCUAGUGUCCAGUCCUAAGAAAAACAAAUUUCUACUGAUUCUGGUUUUAAAGAAUUCACCAAAUCUGUUUCAUGGUACUUGUGGCACUACUCUAGCACUCUGCCUCGGAACACGAGCUGGAGAAAGAAGGCCGCCACCAACCACCGAGACCACUUCCUGUAGCAGAGAUCACGGGAUCCGUUAUUUGACUGUGUUUGAUUGUGGCCUUCAAGAACCUCACACUGUGACAAAAUAUAACCCAGGAGCCCACAAGCACUUAGCACUUAGUAAAAUGUAUUUGAUGAGGAUGAUUCCAGUCAUUCUUCCUAAAGUUUCCAACCUGGCAUCUUAGGCUCGUUGGAGGGCCAAUGGAAAGCAUUAGGAACCAGAGGGUUUAGAAGAACACAAAAGCAUUACCUACCCAAGCACCACCCCACUGUGCUCCCAUGGCCCCGAGGAAGGGACUGCAAGGUGACAUCAAUCUCCAGCUUGCUGUGAGUCCAGCCAGGUGAAGCGAAAAAUUUAUUGCCAUAUCUUGGACCCAACAAAAUGAGAGAUUGUUUCUGUACCAUAAAUUUGGACCAGGAAGAAGUUUAUCGUACCCAAGUUGUUGAAAAGUCUUUAAGCCCAUUUUUCAGUGAAGAAUUUUACUUUGAGAUUCCAAGAACUUUCCAGUAUUUGUCUUUCUAUGUUUAUGAUAAGAAUGUUUUACAAAGAGAUCUUCGUAUAGGAAAAGUAGCCAUCAAAAAAGAAGACUUGUGUAACCACAGUGGCAAAGAAACAUGGUUUUCACUACAACCUGUUGACUCUAAUUCGGAGGUUCAGGGUAAAGUUCAUCUUGAAUUAAAACUGAAUGAACUGAUAACAGAGAAUGGAACUGUGUGCCAGCAGCUUGUUGUACACAUCAUCGCAUGCCAUGGGUUGCCUCUCAUAAAUGGACAAAGCUGUGACCCUUAUGCAACAGUUUCUGUAGUGGGCCCUUCUAGGAAUGACCAAAAGAAGACAAAAGUAAAGAAGAAAACAAGCAAUCCGCAGUUUAAUGAAAUCUUUUAUUUUGAGGUAACCAGAUCCAGUAGUUAUACAAGAAAGUCCCAGUUCCAGGUAGAAGAGGAGGACAUUGAAAAGCUGGAAAUUAGGAUCGACUUGUGGAACAAUGGAAACUUGGUCCAAGAUAUUUUCCUAGGAGAGAUUAAGGUUCCUGUGAAUGUGUUAAGAAAUGAUUCCUCUCAUCAAGCCUGGUACUUGCUACAACCAAGAGACAAUGGAAACAAGUCAUCUAAAACUGAUGAUCUGGGAUCUCUUCGAUUAAAUAUAUGUUAUACAGAAGACUACGUGCUUCCUUCAGAGUACUAUGGUCCUUUGAAAACUUUGCUGCUAAAAUCACCAGAUGUUCAGCCGAUAUCUGCCUCAGCUGCUUACAUUUUGGGUGAAAUUUGUCGAGAUAAAAAUGAUGCUGUUUUGCCUCUUGUACGACUGCUGCUGCACCAUGAUAAACUUGUUCCUUUUGCCACUGCAGUGGCUGAAUUAGACUUGAAGGAUACACAAGAUGCAAACACAAUUUUUAGAGGAAAUUCCUUGGCUACCCGAUGUCUGGAUGAGAUGAUGAAAAUAGUGGGAGGGCACUACCUGAAAGUCACAUUAAAACCUAUUCUAGAUGAGAUAUGUGAAUCCUCAAAAUCCUGUGAAAUCGAUCCUAUUAAAUUGAAAGAGGGAGAUAAUGUAGAAAAUAAUAAGGAGAAUCUGCGCUACUAUGUGGACAAGUUAUUCAGUACAAUUGUAAAAUCAAGUAUGAGCUGCCCCACUGUAAUGUGUGAUACUUUUUAUUCUCUAAGGCAAAUGGCUACUCAAAGAUUUCCCAAUGACCCUCAUGUUCAGUAUUCUGCAGUGAGCAGCUUUGUAUUUCUUCGUUUCUUUGCUGUAGCCGUAGUAUCACCUCAUACUUUUCAUUUGCGACCUCAUCAUCCAGAUGCACAGACAAUUCGAACAUUAACUCUCAUCUCAAAAACCAUUCAAACUUUGGGAAGCUGGGGGAGUCUGUCCAAAAGCAAGUCAAGUUUCAAAGAGACAUUCAUGUGUGAAUUUUUCAAAAUGUUUCAAGAAGAAGGAUAUAUUAUAGCAGUUAAAAAGUUCUUGGAUGAAAUUUCAUCUACUGAAACUAAAGAAUCCAGUGGUACGAGUGAGCCUGUGCACCUGAAAGAAGGUGAGAUGUAUAAAAGAGCUCAGGGAAGAACUCGGAUUGGGAAAAAGAAUUUCAAGAAACGGUGGUUCUGCUUAACAAGCAGAGAGCUCACCUACCACAAACAGCCAGGUAGCAAAGAUGCAAUUUACACAAUUCCAGUAAAAAACAUUCUUGCUGUGGAAAAACUGGAAGAGAGCUCUUUCAAUAAGAAAAAUAUGUUCCAAGUAAUACAUAUGGAGAAACCACUCUAUGUCCAGGCAAAUAAUUGUGUAGAAGCUAAUGAAUGGAUAGACGUACUCUGCAGGGUGAGCCGAUGCAAUCAGAACAGGCUCAGCUUAUAUCAUCCCUCUGCGUAUCUAAAUGGAAACUGGCUCUGCUGUCUGGAGACCAGUGAAAGUGCCCUCGGCUGCAAGCCAUGUACUGCAGGUGUCCCAGCAGACAUCCAAAUAGAUAUUGAUGAAGACAGAGAAACAGAAAGAAUUUACUCCCUUUUUACCCUCAGUUUACUUAAGCUGCAGAAAAUGGAAGAGGCUUGUGGAACUAUAGCGGUCUACCAAGGACCACAAAAAGAGCCUGAUGAUUAUUCUAAUUUUGUAAUCGAGGAUUCUGUAACAACCUUUAAGACAAUUCAGCAAAUAAAAAGCAUCAUAGAGAAGCUAGAUGAACCUCAUGAAAAGUAUAGGAAGAAAAGAUCAAGUAGUGCAAAAUAUGGAAGCGAAGAAAAUCCAAUUGUAGGAAAAACAUCUUAGAGUAUGGCCAACUGAUUCAGAAGAACUGGAAAAUACUAUUUUUGUUGGAGUUUUUCAAUUCAUCAUUUAUUUUGCUCCUGGUAUUUAAGAAUGAACAUUGGCUUCAGUGUCAACUGUAUUCACAUUGUAUUUAAUAUUUAAUAAUUGAAAGUAACUGGGAAUCCUGGUAUUGAUGCAUUACUAGAGAAUAUGAAACUCAGGAUUCCCUUCAUAUCUUACAUGUCAAAAGCCGUGUGUUUGCAGCUUCUUUUUAAUAGAAUCUUCCUAAAGAAGCUUUGUAACAAAAGGAGAACUCCUCCAUAGCAAGAAACCAUCUCUUCUUGUAACACUCCAUGUUCUGUGAACUUUUCACUACCAUUAGUGCCUGCUCUAUACUGCCAGUGUUGUGUUUUACUAGAAAAUCCAAUCCAUGACAAUUCAGAGCUUUCCAUUUAGUUCAUCUAGACCCUCCCUCUUCACAAAAGAAAAUAGAGAGAUUUUCAUCUGUUAGUCAUUAACAAUUAUAUUAGGGACUUUAGAAAACUGCCAGAGCAUCCUUGAAGGUUGGUAGAUCCUUUUGCCUAUUUAAAGAUGUAAACAGAACUCAGACAGGAGGAAUCAGGGAACAUGUACUGUUGUGUGCAUCUUGUUUACAUUUGGGAUGAGUGAUGGCAGAUGAAAUACAGUGAGACCACUAAAUUUUUUUUCAUUGUUUUAAAUAUCAGGUACUCAUUUUCUUGAUUUGAGAGCUCGAGUUAACAUGACUUGUAAGGACAUCUCUUCUGGAAAAGAAGAGACAGUAGCCAAUGGAAGAAGGUGAUGGGGGAAUCAUUUGACUUCACCUGUUAUUCCAUGUUAUUAUAAGGGCCACCAUAAGGACACUCUCCUCCUAGUGAGAGGGUGAGAGCUAACUCGAGAACAGUCACUCGGCGCACUUUAAUAAUCUGGGCUGCCCCAGAUUAUAUUUUAGAUACUAUAUGGUAUCUAAUCUUUAUGAUCAGUUGAAUGAUCAGUGUCUAAGUCUAGAAAUAGUGCUUUCCUGAAAAUGUUUAUAUUUCAUUGCUGUUUUCUUAUUGCCUGCUAGCCAAAUGGAGUUUGGGCAAGCAACUGUUUGAAUCCUAUUUUUCCCUAAUAAUUUACUUUUAUCCUAGAAACCAUAAUUGUAAAUAAGCAGUCGAAGCAAGUUGCCUCCUUGAAGUUAAGAGGGAUACACAUUGCUUCAUCAGUAUUAAAAACCAUGGUACUCUUAUUUUGUCUUUUUAAAUUGAAAACAUUUUCUAAAUGUGGUACUUUAAACCUUGGAGUAUUUACAUAUUUCUGUUUAAAACUGUGACUUAUUAAUGUAAGUCUAGCUAGUAGUGCUUUUUUUUUGUUUGUUUUCCUGAGCAUAAGCUAUAUUUCAGGAUACACUUUGCCAAUUAUGUUAUUGGUGAGUAAUUUUUUAAAUUAUAUUGUUACUAAGGAAUUUUUUUAAAGACCAUUGGCACACAAUCAGAGUUGUUCCAUAAAUGAUUAUAACUGAGCAAUGUAUUUCUCUAAAUGACUUGUUAAAAUCAAUUGGUUUUAUUUAAGAAUCAGUCCUAGUCUCCAUUAUGGUAGGUUUAUUCCUAGCCCACUUUAAAGACAAGUUUGAAAGACUCCUUUAAAUUUUAUGAGUUUGUAUGUUACAUAAAUUACACUGAUUUAUAAAUGUGAAAGAAUUUAACCAUUUAAUAAAUUUCUCAUUGCUGAAUUUCAUUCAGGUUGAAAUUUCCUCUUAAGAGUCUCUGAGAUGUCUACCUGAAAAGGACAUGUGAGCAUUGCCAAGUACCACUCUACUAUGCUUUAAUGGCUGUUUUAGCCCUCUGCUAUUUUUUCAAGGCAAAAGAAAUAUUUUUAAAAUAUUUCUGAUAUCAAAUCCCCAAUCAUGAUUGCUCUUAAAGAUCAUGGCAUUAUCAAAGGGAUCAAGGCUGUGUGAAUACAUAACUCUGAAUUAGAAGAGAAGAGUUCAGUCAUAUAGUUUUCUUCACAUGACACUUUUAAACAGCCUAUUUGACUGGAAUUAACCAGCUUUGGCACAGCCAAAAAGAAGUAAUGUGAAAUUAAAUUAAUUUUCUUUGAAAGUCUACUGAAAUAAGAGAACAAGUCAGUAGGACCCUAAGAUAACCUAGGUACUUGCUUCCAAGGGCCUCAUUCCUCUGCUAUUACUUAUGGUACUUUGAUUUUUGCUACCAUGCUUUUUCUGCCUUUUCCACACUUGAAAAAAAAAUACCUGGCAGCUCACUUCACCCUAAAAACUCAAAAAUGCCCAGAAGGAGAGAAAAGGAUGAUUUGAAGAAACUCUUGCCGUAAAUGCCAGUUCUGGUUCUUAGUUUAGCCAUUUCCACCAGUUGCAGUUGUAGUGAUCUGUUUAUCUGUUAUUGUUUGUUGUGGCUUUUUUUAGUUUGGUUUUUUAAUAUUCAUUUAAUAAGAUGAUGGCAAUAGCAAAGUUUUCUAUCCCCAGGAAUAUAAUUUAUCAAACUAAAUGAUUUUAUUUGCCAAAGAAAUAUGUUUAUGUCACGGGUAAUAAAUAGUUAAGUGUCCAAACUAGGAUUUCUUUAUUAUUAAAAAGAAAAAAGUGAUGAAUGAUGUGGCUUUUGUUUGUUUCUGAAGCCUAAUUUCAUUCGUUUUCAGAAAGGCUCAUUCAUGCCAGAUUUUAGAAAACAGAUUUUUUUUUUCCUUUUUUUUCUUUCUUUCUUUCUUUUUUCUUUUUUUUUUUUUUUUUUUUUUAAGUAAAAGCACCUUUAAUUUGUUCUAACGGUACAUCUGUAAUGACAAUGCUACAAAAAAACCUUUUAGGUGUCCUUACAGUAUGUGAAAAGUACAGGACUCAUUCUAGAGUUAAAUUACCUGUCUUGACCCAUAUUAUCUGCUUCCAUUUUUAUUAACUUGGAAAUUAAUAUGUUGCUAGUAAUAUUGGUUUUUAUAGUGUCCAGUUUGAAUAUGUAAGUUAUCAAAAUUUAAUGUCGUGAAUUUGUGUAACCAUGUUGUAUUGUUGAGAAUGUAUUUUUAUUUAAAUUUUAUUUUCUUAUCAAGAGUAUUAUAAAAAUUAAAACUUUUGUAACUGUCGCUUGGAAAUAACUCAAAUAAAUUACAAGAAGCCUGUCUA